AUGGCGCCCAAACGCGUGCUCCGUCGCCCAAGCGCCAAAGCGAAAGCGCGGCCAGCCGCGGGCAAAGCGAGAGCCAGACCCAAAGCGCGGCCAAAGUCUGCCGCGGCACGGAGUGAGAGGCCACAUCGACGCCCGGGCAACGGCUGGUACUCGCGCUGGAUUCCCAACUGGCCCUGGGGACGCAUGGCCUUCUUACCCCAACAUCUGCGUUUGCUGUCGCCGCUGCCGUCCGCGUCGCCCUGUGCAGCCAGUGUCGGGGCGGAUGGACUGCGGCGAGCCAUGAGCUAUGCAGGCUUGAACUUUGAAGAUCGCCGCAUUUCCACUGAGGAGUUCGAUGAGCUUCGGCGGCUGAACAACCUCUGCUGCGACCUUCCCGUCCUGUUGGUUGGCGCGCCAGAGCACCCGCUGCAACCUCUAUGGCGAGUGAAUACCAUUGCCAGAUACGUGGGAAAGGUGUCGCACGCCAUGUGCAACUUGUACCCUGAAGAUCCGGUGAAAUCUGGCAUGGUGGAUGCAGUGAUGGAUGACUUGACAGAAAUGUUGACCGCCGAUGCCGAAACUGGCAUGAAAUUGGUGGACUACUUCGAGAGGAACUUGCGCGAGUCGAAGUAUGGCUGGGUGGCAACAACAAAGCAUCCUUCCGUGGCGGACUUCCUGGUGGCGAGUUACAUGCAGAUGCUCCCGCAGCUGGUGAAAGGACUCGAGGACCUGACGAAGUAUCCUCAGAUCGUGGCACACAUCGAUAAGGUGGUUCGAUUGGAAGGCUACACCUACCUCAAUGAGUGA